UCCUACUCUGCCCCUGCCACCAUCGUAUCCAACAACCUUCAUUUCACCCACCAUGUCUACCGAGAAACCUACCGAAAACUUAGCUAAUGUUGAUGCAACUACCUUACAAGACGUGUCAGAAAUGUCAGCUGAGAUCGCAAUAGAACAUGCCAAACGCGCUUUUGCGCUCAAGAAAUACGAGCAUUCGGUGGAAUAUUACGCCAGAGCACUAGAAGUCGUGACUGACCAAGUUGGGGAGGAUUCCCCGCAAGUUGCAGAUUUGUAUUUUUCUUACGGAAAAGCCUUACUCGAGAACGCGAUAUCUCAGAACGCCGUGCUAGGAAAGGAACAGCAGCAGGAGGAAGUCGGUCAGCAGGAGGAGAACAAAGCCUCAAAUUCCACAAACGGCCCGAUUCUAUCGUUCUCUGGAGAUGUAGAAGACGCACCGGAAGAAGACCCUGCGGUUGACCUUCUUGCUCAGAGUGCAGAUGCAGAAAGAGCAGACGAAGGCGAAGAGGAGGAGGAUGGUGAACCGGAAGAUGAUUUCAACGCUGCAUGGGAGGUUUUCGAGAUGGCGCGUUCGAUAUACGAAAAGCAGAAGAUUCUGGGAUCAAGUGACGACGUGUCUUUGAAGUUGGCGGAUACUUACAUAGCUCUAGGGGACGUCUCUCUUGAGACGGAAAAAUUCGACCAAGCCAUUACAGAUUAUGAAUCAGCUCUGUCUUUGAAGGAGGAUCUUCUUCCAUUUUCCUCUCGCCAAAUCGCCGAAGCCCAUUAUAAGCUAUGUAUCGUGCUAGACCUAACAUCCGGCAGGCUAGCGGAUGCCAUUAUACAUGCACAGCAGGCACUGGAGAGUAUUCAAAGUCGGUUGAACGAGCUCAAGGCAGCACAGUCGAACCUCAAACCGACACCUGGAUUGAAAUCUACCACGAAAGGAAAGGGGAAGGGCAAAGCAGAGUCUAAUGAAUCCAUACACAACCUUACCCCGGCACAAAUCGAAGGAGAAGUCAAAGAGUUGACCGGACUGCAGGAGGACCUGGCUCUCAAAGUCGAGGAGUUGAAGACAUCACCCAAUGAUUCAGUGGACGAGUCCGCACCCGCUCUCGCUGCGAAAGCUCUCGAUAAAGAGUUGAAUGCGGGGAGCUCUUCAACCGGUAUUACCGUCAUUAAUGACCUCACCAAGAUUGUGAGGAAAAAGAAGAAUCCAGCCUCAUCAGCAGAGUCGUCCAAGCGCAAAGCAGAAGACGAUGGGGAAGUGUCAGGAUCCGAGAAAAAGCCCAAGCUGGAUAACAACUAGCUUCAAGAGAUGGCGUGGUUUGUGUUUAUGGUUUUUCUUUUCAUGUACACGAUUACU